CAGAAAAUUAAAUCUAAAUUAAUUCAAUAGUUAUUAUAUGCUUUACAAUAUAUAUGUGUAAUUAUAAAUAGCUAGGGAGCUUGAGGGUCACGGAGUUCAUCAAGCGAACUCCAUCAAAGUCUCUACCUCUCACAUCCCUAAUACAGAAUUAAACGUAUUAUCAUCAUCAUGUCCGUGAAGGUAGCUGCUGCUGAGGAUCCAGUAUCAAAGUCGUGGGUGGCGGUGGGGGAGGUGACGAAGGUGGCGGAGACAUUGGUGGUGAGGGAGUAUGAAGAAGAGAGGGAUAAGGCGGCGGUGGAGGCUGUGGAGAGGCUCUGCGAGGUCGGCCAGAGAGGGCGGCCUGCCCUCGUCACCGACCUCUUGGGAGACCCCGUUUGCCGCAUCCGCCACUUCCCGCUCCACAUCAUGCUGGUUGCGGAGUGGGGAGAAGGUGGAGAAAUUGUCGGGGUAAUAAGAGGGUGCAUAAAAUCAGUUACGAGAUCAGGGUCUUCCGAUUAUGUCAAGGCUGCAAAUAUUUUAGGCCUCAGGGUUUCCCCUACUCAUAGGAGGCUCGGCAUCGGCCUUAAGCUCGUGCAAGAGCUCGAAGAGUGGUCCAAGAGGAACGGUGCAGAGUGCGCUUACAUGGCCACUGACAGCACGAACGGACCAUCCAUCAGUUUGUUCACCAAAAAAUGCGAAUACAUGAAAUUACGAACUCCUACUGUGUUGGUACAACCAGUACACGUUCAUCGCAAACCGCUGAGCUCGGGCACUGCAAUAGUCCGACUCCCUCCAAAGCUGGCCGAGUCAAUAUACCGCCGGAUUUUCGCGAAGGCCGAGUUCUUCCCCGAGGAUAUAGACACCGUUUUGGGCAAUAAACUCAAUUUGGGCACUUUCAUGGCAAUUCCAAAGAAGCAUCUCCCGAUCUGGGAUCCCAAAACCAGCGUUCUUCCCCCGAGUUUUGCCAUCCUGAGCAUCUGGAACACGAAGGAAGUGUUCAAAUUUCAGGUUAAAGGUGUCUCGCGCAUAAAGAAAGCGUGUUGCCUUGGGAGCCGAAAGAUAGACUCGAUGCUCCCAUACCUGAAAAUCCCCUCGUUCCCGAACGUGUUCCGGCAGUUUGGGAUACACUUUCUAUACGGACUUCACAUGGAGGGCAAGGAUGGAUCGACCCUCAUGAAGUCACUGUGUUCAUUUGCUCAUAACAUGGCCACCGAUGACGUGGCUUGUGGGGCCCUAGUAGCAGAGGUGGGACUGCAGGAUCCGGUCCGAGCCGCGGUCCCUCACUGGAGGAGACUGUCAUGGUCAGAGGAUUUCUGGUGCAUCAAGAAGCUUGGGGGUGAAGGCGGAUUAAGCCGUCCACACUCCGACUGGAUGUAUCAGAUUCCGGCACCUGUGCUCUUUGUUGACCCUCGUGAUGUUUGACUUUUAAUCUUUUCUCCUCCUCUCACUUUUAAUUGUCGAAAUUAACAGAGCGAAGUGCCCAUAUAUCCACUCGAUCAUCCCCUCAUUGCCUGGUAAAAUCCGGCUUAAUGCACAUAUCGUAUUUGAUUUGGACCGGUCCUCAGGAAUAUCAAUGCUAGACAAUAGAAUGUUUCGAAGA